GACAACGCGCAAAUCGGAGCAAAUGCACACGCGUAAACAAACCAGUUCAAAAGUUAAAAAACCAGUGGGCACGUAACACCGUCACCAGUCCGACAACUACAAACUAAAAUGAUUUCAUGCAUCCGUGUAUUCAGGAACCUGGCAUGUUUGCAUCGGGCUGUGGUCUUCUGUCAUGAAUUUCUGCACUUACGUCAGUGAAAACAACGUGGCCCACACCUCGUCAUUGGCUCUAGUUAGCUGGAGUUCGGUGGAACAGCAGCUUUAAACCCGCUCCUCUGCUGACAGCUGCCCCUGUUCGCGCCCUAAUAGAUGAACACAUCAGCAUCAAAGGACGUUUCCUUCCACCACAGAGUCCCAUCACAGUGUGUGCACAAAUGCAAAGUGAUGAAGGUGAUCUUUGGGAGUCAUUUGCCCAUUAUAACACAAAUGCAGAUGGCACUGUCAACUUGAGCAGGGAUCAUUCAGUUGGGGGUUUAUACUUGGGCUGUGAGCCAAUGGGACUCUUCUGGGGAUUACAGCCUGCUCCUGGUUCAAGAGAAGGUUUGAGGUUGAGGAAAAAAAACGUAGAGACUCCAUACGUAAUGCUCCUGUCAUUACUGGAGGGCCACGUGUCCCCCAGUGAGAGAAAGACGACGGAGCUGGCGGCAGUAAGUACUGAGCGCUGGUACAUGGCACCAGGCGUACGGAGAACAGAGAUCCGCCAGGAUGGAGUUGUGGGGACGUUGUUUUUUCCGCCUGGCCCAGGCCCUUUUCCCGCUGUGUUGGACCUGUGGGGAAUGGGUGGAGGACUGGUAGAGUACCGCGCCGCCCUUUUUGCAUCCAAGGGCUAUGCUAGCUUUUCUCUUGCCUACUUGGGGCACAAAGAUUUGCCUGGACCUCACAAUCGUGUCAAUGUUGGCGAUCCAUAUUUCAAAUCAGCAUACCGCAUACUUCAAGAUCAUCGUCAGGUUGUUGCAGACAGAAUUGGGAUCGUGGGGCUCUCGUUUGGGGCCUACCUGAGCCUCAGAAUUGCCACCAGAGUUGGUGUCAAGCCUUCCUGUUUGGUUUGUAUCAAUGGCCCAGUAGGAAGCACCAUGCUCACACAUGCAGAUGGCCGGACUGAAAACUUUGAAAAUGAGCAGAGAUAUUGGCGGUUUGAUGAUCAAGGCUGUGUGAGUUUUAAAGAAAUGUCCUUGCCUGCAAACCUUCCCCCUGAGAGCAAAGUGAAGCUAGAGGACCUUCCCUGUCCUUUAAUGUACAUAGUGGGUGAAGAUGAUCUAAGUACCUCAAGUAUGGAGAACGCAAACCUGAUCGAGCAAACCCUGAGGGCCGCAGGUAAAUCCCAGCUGUUCACCCUGUUGUCCUACCCCGGUGCCGGUCACCUGAUUGAGCCGCCGUACACACCAAAUUCAAGAGUGUCCCUGUGGAGCUUCAAACCAAGGAAACUGUACACUUUGUGGGGAGGUCAGCCCGCGUCUCAUGCUGCUGCACAGCAGGAUGCCUGGAAGAAGAUCCUGGAUUUCCUGGACAGUCAUCUGAGACGGUGAAUCUGUGGUACAUCUGAAGAUAGGAAAUUCUGACUUCUGUUCAUGAGGGAUUUCAGAUGCAGUGACACCAACGGCCAUUGUAGCAGAUGUAUGUUUCUUUAUGUAUUGUCCUCAUGCAUACAUUUUUAUUAAUGCAACAAACUUUUACUACACCAACCAUGUAACAAAGAAUCAUCUUGUAGUAAAAAACCUUCUCAGACACUAAUAAAAUGUUUCGGACACUC